UUGGCUUGUCACAAAAUGGUAGAAAAUAAUCUAGAUAUUGCGGAUUUAAGUGAUCCAUUUAGACCAACACAGCUGGCAGAAAAGUUCAGAGAGAUUUAUGAUGAGGAAUGGACACGUGCCUUUGAAGAACUGGAUAUGUUAUCACACGACGAAAGCAAAAUCAUAGACACAUUCACUUAUCUCAUACAGGAAAUCGAGACAUUUUGUUCAUACACCAGCACACAACAAAUCUCGGCGAUGGAAAAGCCAUUUAUAGAAGAGAUAGUUAAUCCAAACGUUGCUAUCCAUAAGCACCAAGGCCUCUCGGUAAUUACAUUACAAUUAGACAUGUCAAACUGUCAUACAAACUACACAAAUCCCAUACAUUUUGUAGUUGUUGUCCAAAUGUUUUCACUUUCCAGUAAUUUGAAUUCUGAAUUACAUAGCUGAAAUAUUCUUAAAAUUCUGUCUCAGUAUAACAUGAAUACGUUAUAAUGUAAAUGAGAUGUUUCCUUAAAUCCAAUAGA